CAUGGUCAGUGCCAAGAGACUUUCUCAAAUGAUAAAGAAGUGGCGAAGAGUGGCAGCCGUUAGGAGGAAGAGGCUCAUGUGGACGGCAGCGAAAGAAGUUGAUGAGUGCUGCACGUCUGUGGCAGUGAAGGGCCACUGUGCCAUGUACACUGCUGACGGGAGGCGGUUCGAGGUGCCAUUGGUGUGCCUCAGCAAAAUGAUCAUUCAGGAGCUCCUGAGGAUGUCUCAGGAUGAGUUUGGCUUCACAAGUGAUGGGAGGAUCACACUGCCUUGUGAUGCAACAAUGAUGGAGUAUGUCAUGUGCUUGCUCAGAAGGAAUGCAUCAGAAGAGGUAGAGAGAGCUUUCCUGAGCUCCGUGGUGAGGCCUUGCCGUUACGGAAAUGGUUUGGAGCCAUCCAUGGGCGUUAUCCAGCAAGUAGCUGUUUCUAGCUUCUGAAGAUUCAGUGUUUGUUUUACAUGUUUUUUCUGUCCAUUUUUGGGAUGAUGUAAAUAGUUCUAUAUGGAAGAUAGGAAAUGAAAAAACCUUACUGCAAGUUGGCCACUUGACUUUCUCUUGGCUCCUGACUGCUUAGUCCCGCAACUCUUUUGUGUGACAAAUUAAGCCAAGGCUCUAUUGCAUGAAAAAAAGUUCAAACUAAAGUUAAUGAGUAUGUCAUACUGAUUUGGGCAAGCGCACCAAAGAUUUGAAGAGAACAUAGUACUAAUUUAGCAAAUUGUAUGGAGGCAUGCUCAGGUAAAGCUCCAUCUUUUGAAAUAACUGUUAGAACUUAGAUCAUCUUAUUCUAGGCGGUCAAACUAAAAGCCCUGUUAAAAUCCCAUAAGAAACUCUAAGAACGACAAGCUAUGUUCUUACAGAUACUGAUUUGUGCUAGCACACCAAAGAUAUGAAGAGAACUUUGCACUAAUUUAGCAAAAUGGUAUGGAGGCAUGGUCAGGUAAAGUUAUAUCUUUUGAAGCAACUGUUAGAACUUAAAGAUCAUCAAUCUUCUUCUAGGCGGUCAAAACUAAAAGGAAGAAAAAAAAAUCCUGUUAAAACCGCAUAGGAAACUGUAAGAAGAACAAGGGAAGUGGAGUUUUACAUCUGAGAUGCUGCUAACAAAAUGGACCAUUAGCUAAAGAGGCGGUGUGAGAUUGUCAAGCAAGUUGUUUGGACAUCUGAAAACCUUUAAUCUGGGAGUUAAGCAACAUUUCGUUAUGGGCAUAACCAACAGUCAGACUAUUAUCUCCAUCUCAGGGGCCACCCUUUAUAUUCAAUCAGGAUAUAAUAAAAGCACUGAAUGAAAUGCCAUAGAAUCCAUUUCUAGCAAAUACUCAAAUGAAAAAAAUAAUAAUAUCAUAGUCCCAGCUACACUCCUCAUAGGCUCGUUACGAAAAACUCAAUUUUUAACUGGAUUGGGGCAUUCUAUUAGUAAAUCCAUUUGGAUGGGUUUAUCGGAGAGGGGAUGUAUGGUUUGACAGUAUUUUAAGCUCAUUCAUGAACAUUUCUCCUGUCCACCUGAAUGGUUCUUUGUAAAUUUUUUGGGUCUGAGGCCACACAUGUACGUAAAUGACUUGUCCUGUUCGAGUCCUAAAUGCGACGGAUCAUUUGUCUCUACUGAAAUAUAUACAUUGGAGGAAUGAUGGAUCUAAUCAUUUCUCUUGAUUGCUUAAUCCAUGGCAAGACAAAUGCUUUGCAUGGGACAUCCUAUUUCCCAUUUCCUACAUCGAACUACUUUACAUACAAAGGUACAAAACAGGACGGCAAUUAGCAACUGCAGACAAUAACAUGCUGGCUAACUCCCACAGG